AUGUCGAUCCCUUUUACGGGAAGACUGUCACGGUCUGCUGGACUACUGGGUGCUAUUGGAAAACAGGUUAAAUUGUUGAAUUUACAACCGACUAAAAAAAUCACUGUACAGUUUGAUCCGUUUUACGAAAAAGUAAAACCUAUAAGGGACUUCCUGUUUCAAGUUUCAACUCCAAAAGUCUUGAAGACAAACUUGACGUGUGUGCUGAAGACUAACAUAGUCUGCGAUAGAUCCGAGCCAACGGUUACUUGUGAGCUGGUUAACGGAGAAAAGGUCCUGUUCAAGUGCGAAAAUUUAGAUACAUUGGAUUUAUUAACUCUGUACAACAAACAUAUUACUCCGCUAGCACCUCCGGAGGAGAUUGAGACAAAGGGAAUUAUUAAAAAGAAGAAGUCUAGGAAAACUAGAAAACGACGACCCUUACACAGAAGAUAA